AUGGACGCUCAAGAUGAUCCAUCCUGGCCCAUCCCAGAGGAUGCCGCUCCAGAGGUGGCACCGCCGGAGAUGUUUGCCCACAUGUUCGAAGAAAGAUUUUCAGAUCUGCGACGUCGCCAGCUCUCGCAGGUGAGCCUAUUGUCAGAACCGCCCACCAACUUGGCCCCGGGCACGCCCUUGGCCGUGGCGGUCUUUUUGGCCGCGUG